AUGGCAACUGGAAGCUUACGAAGUUGCCCCCGUCUAUCAACACACAGUGUGCGGGUUGGUCCUCCAUCCCAGGUGAUUACACUUCAGGUUGUUGGUGCGUUGGCCUUGUUGCCAGUGUCGGCACACUUGGCAGCGAAAAACUGCAUAGCUCGGCCUGCAUUCUUUGCCGCAAACCUUUGGUUGGUCGGAUCGGCACGAUCCCUGAUGCUGGAGGUUGACAAGCACAGCAUGCUCUUUGUCCAAUGCUGGGGAAAGCAUGGUGGACAGAGGGUUGAAGAGCUGACCUGUGUGGAUCGAUACUCAGCAUUCUUGACCGGCGCCAAUGCCGCGAGCAACGCAGUGGUGGCCAAGACUGGCAGCCGCUCUUUCAUGAUGUUCUCUGUGGUGUGGCUUCUGAUGACUACCUUGGGCUUCUCCAUGUAG